UGCAUGUAAUGGGCUUUGACAAUCGUUGUUUCCGUCCUCGCCUCAUUGAUUCAGACUAUUUAAAGAAUAUAAUGAUAUUAUUCAAGUUGCCGGUAUUUCGACUAUUGAGUGUUCAAAAAUAUUAUUAGAUUACAAUGCCAUUCCACUAAACAAUAUGGAGGAAGAAGAAUUUGAAGAUGCAAGUAGUGAAGAGCCAGAGUGGGUGUUGGCGAGAAGAGGAAUACAACUUGUGUUGAACAACCAGUACGAAGAGGCGCAGAAGCUGUUUGCUAAUCGUAAAGACUCAAUACAACUAGCUGCCGGCCAUUGUUUUGUUGUGUUUAUGAACGCCUUGAUGUCUUUCGAGGAAGAUAUGCUCACAGAAGCUACAAAUACCUUGAGAGACCUAGAGAAAAAAUGUGCUCAAGAUAUUGGCUGGCUGAAGUCCAUGAAGAACAAGGUGUUUGGAGCGAUGAAGGACAAGAAUGAAGGGGAAAGACUAGAAGAGCAGGUCGUGUUGGCUGACACACAGGUGUGCCUAGCGCUGCUGACAUUUCUACAGCACGACGUGACGGGGUGUGUAAGAGGAGGGUGGGUGCUGCGGAAAGCGUGGAAGGUUUACCAACACACGUAUAAUCAGAUCCUAGCAUUAUACAGACAGACCUUUGGGGAUGAAAAACCUGUACCAGGUUCAGACUUCCCGCCCUGGCGUGUUGUGACGGGCAGCCCAAGCCUGCUCUCGCCUCUGCCUCAGUCCCCAAGCUGUGAUUGGUCGACGCCGGGUUCCCCCACUCCACUCUCUCCCAGUACUCCAACCUCGCCCUCUGGCUAUCUCAACGGUUACCGCAACUCGUUCACAUCUCUGCUCAACUCUUUUAGUCCCACUCCACAGUGUCAUCUAGACCCAGAGGAAGUCUCCAGACUGAUGUGUGCCGUCAGUUUCGGUUACGGAGUGUUUCAACUGUGUCUGUCUCUACUGCCCGCCUCACUGCUGCGGCUUAUACAGCUGCUGGGCUUUGGAGGUGACAGGAACGUUGGGCUGGAAGCAUUGAUGUUUGCCAGGAAAGGAACCGAGAUGAGAGCUCCUUUAGCCACGUUAGCACUGCUGUGGUACCACACUAUCGUCCGUCCGUUCCUAGCUCUAGACGGCACUAACGUCCAGGCAGGGCUGGAAACUGCUGAGAUAUUAAUCACGGAAAGUCAGCCCGAGUUUUCCAACUCGGCACUCUUCAUAUUUUUUACUGGCCGGAUCCAUAGGCUUAAGAGUAACAUCCCAGCUGCUUUAGAAGCUUAUCUAUCAGCUGUUGACAAAUCUCCACAAAGAGAGGUUCAAUUGUUGUGUCUUCAUGAGGUUAGUUGGUGCUACUUGAUACAGCUGGAGUGGGGGAAAGCGUACCAGUCUUUUAUGAUGUUGAAAAGACGCUCAAGAUGGUCUAAAAUAUUUUACACAUAUUUAGCUGCUGUGUGUGCAGGAGCUAACGAACAACCUCAGGAAUCUUCGUCACUGGCAGGUGAAAUCGUAGAAUUUCUGGAUGAAAGUACGACGUCCCGGACACAACUGGAGGACUUCAUUGGUCGUCGUGCGUCCAUGCUAGCCUCUCCGUCUUCACCAGUGUCGCCCGCCUACUGUCGUCUGUUGGCGUACGAGAUGCUGUUCUUGUGGAAUGCCCUACCCAGCACACAGUACAAUUGUGUCAUUAGUAGAGAUUGUGAGACGGCCGCAGAUUGUGAGCCUAUGGUGGGUCUGCGCAGUCUGAUCCUAGGCAGUGUACAGUCGUGUCUGGGUCUGCGCACAGAGGCUGUGUCUAGCCUGCGUGCUGCUCUGUCUGCGCGUCAGCAUCUGCCCAACACCGCGCAGGACAGCCAUGUCAGCGCCUUCGCUCUGUAUGAGCUGGCUAGACUGCUGCUUCAGGAGACUUACGAGUACAAGGAAGAAGCUAAAGCCCUCUUGGAAAGAGCCCAACGUGAUUUUAAAGGGUAUGAUUUUGAAAGUCGGCUAAAUGUGAGAAUACAUGCAGCCCUUCGAGCCCUUGGUCAAUAAAGGAGCUUCCUCAGCCGUUGAGGCAUCUCUUCACUUCUUAGUUCCUGUUAGCAUUUCACUGCAGUAAGUUAUGUGUACUUAUAUAGUUGUAUUUAAAAAUAAUUUAAGUUUUUUCAAAGUUUUAUUAUAAAACCGUCCGACAUUAUGUGAUAUAUUCAAAUGCAGUUUGUUUACUGUAGUUAUGCUUAAAUCAGGGGCGAUUUGGAAAUGGAAUCUUCUCUUGGAUGAUGUUAAAUAGAUUGUUUAAAAGAAUUAUUAUAUAUUUCUAUAUGUAUAAAACUGCAAUCCUAAAAAAGUCUUGGAUUUUCCCUUGGCUUUAAUAGAUUCAGCUUGUGCUAAUGACACAGCCUUCUAUACAAUAAUACUCACAUGAUUUAGUGUUACAGGACAUAUGAUUUUAAU